AUGGUCAUCGAUACCGGAGCAUCUGUCUCAAUUACACCUCAUGAGUCAGAUUUCAUCUCUAAAGUCCGCCCUAGCCCACUCAAAUCUAUCAAUGGCCUCCAAGGAUCGUGUGAGGUUGUGGGAAGUGGAACAGUUGAAUGGACUGUUAGAGACGUCUAUGGAUCCGUGCGACGGAUCAGAACUACGGCUUACCUGGUUCCAUCUGCACAGAUUCGAUUGUUCUCGCCACAAUGCUACUUCCAAGAGACAAAGGGAGCUGGUUCCCUUUUCUUGAACCACCGCAAAGUUGUCCUCACGCUCGCCGACGAAUCGGAACUUGAGUUUCCAUUCCAAUCAAACAAUAUUCCAAUGAUGUUGGACGCGAGUGCCCAUUGCGCUGGACUAGGCUUUGAAGAAGCCAACAUGCUCUGUGGAGAACAAGAUGUGUUAGGAAUGUUGUCAGUCGGAGCUGAAAACAAUCAAAAUCUUACCGCUGGUGAGAAAGAGAUGCUGCUUUAUCAUGCCAAGCUUGAGCAUGCUCACUUCAAAUCGAUUCAGCGUCUCCUAGCACAACCUAACGAUCCGAAUCAAGAAGCAAUCUUACCAUGUCGCCAUAAAGGAGCAAGUAACUCACAACGGACCAUCCUCUGUGCCGCUUGUGAACUUGGCAAGCAAGCGCGACAAACUCCUGAAUCACAACAUGCCUUCGAUGAUUGGGAAAUGGCUAUUCGAGAGGGAGAUCUGACACCGGGUGCCAAAGUUUCCAUCAAUAGCUACGUUUCCUAUGUACCUGGUAGAUUGUUGCACACCAAAGGAAAAGAAAAGAAGAAGAAUCAGUACUCAGGGGGUACUAUUUUUUGUGACCACGCUUCUGGUGCAAUCUUCAUCGUCAAUCAAGUUUCUCUUUGA